AUGGAUCUUCAGAGACCUUCGCUGUUCUCAGGUCAACAAGUAUUUUCCCUCUGUGUACCAUUCAGCAUCAAACAGCAGCAGCAGCAACUGGAGCACUUCUCCCGUGAGAAGUAUUUCAAAAGACAAACCCUCAACUACACAACAUCAGGCAGACAAGACCGGCAGAAACCUCCACCUUUAGAGCUCACGGAACAGCCUUUCAGCGGCAAUGCAGUUGAGAACAGCAGACGGCGUUUCUGCAUCAUUUCCUUUUAUCUAGAGGACGGAACUCUAAGCGUGUACGAGUCAACGACGGACUACGGUGAAACGCGACAGGGGCCUAUUUUGAAACGGCACAAGAUGCCGCGAGCAGACGGCAGCGGUUUUGUCACCUUCACAGAUUUAAAGCUCGGUGCUGAACUGGAGCUAUACGGUCGCGUCUUCUUGAUUCUAGAGUGCGAUGAAUUCACCCGGUGGUUCUGUAAAAAUGCAGGGCAUGAUAUUGGAGACGCUGUGGAGCUGCCUGAUGAUACUUUCUUUCGGGCGUUUGUGAUGAAACAAAGACCCAAUUGUACACCGCCGCCAGCAGUUCUAAGCGAAAUCAGAGCUGCGAGAGCUUUCGCAGAGGCAUGCGGAGGCAACACCUGUUCCAACAAGCUGCUUGAUCAGUACUUGCAGAACGACCGCAAAGUCUUGGUGUUUCACUGCUACUGGGAAAACCCGCAAAAUUUUGGGUGCCGGACCUACUACAAACUGCACUAUUUCCUCAGUGCUAGUACUGAACUGAUGAAAGGCUUAAAUCUCAGGCCAGAGGACUUCACUGUGGGAAAGCAGAUAGACGUCUAUGGCCGCCAGUUUCAUAUUUAUGACUGCGACGAAUUCACGCGACAAUUCUACCGCGAGUACAUGAACACGGAACAAGGCCAAGAAAUCAUACCGGAGGAGAAAAUUGAAAUCCCCCCAGUCACCUGGCCUCCUCAUGCCCUCGGCAUAGGAACUGACGAGGACACACUUCAGUGUUGCACGCGUAUAACCCCUAAACGGCCCCAUCCCAACGAGCGUGAGAUUCUGUUUGGAGAAGAUUUCAUUCUCAACUUCAAGGCAAGCCAGCUGUCUAAAGCAUAA